AUGCACCUCAGAGUUGGUGGAUUAGCACGUGCAUAUCCAUCUAGGUCUUGUGCUGGCUGUCGCGCUCAUUCUUUUUCAACUUCACAUUUAAGGCGCUCUGUAAUCAUUCAUGCUGGACAUGUUCAGUCGCUAAACGAAAGCACGAAUGCGCUAGUCAGCUUCUCGACUGAAACUCACAAUCUUGAUUUCCAUGGCCCUCUGCGUAACCUGACAGUUGCAAUAAAGGAUAACAUAUGCACCAUGCAUCUACCGACAACAUGCUCGUCAGGCAUGCUUCGCGAAUUCACUUCACCAUUUGACGCGACGGCGGUGGAAUUUCUGAAGGCGGGAGGCGCGAAUAUUGUUGGGAAGGCUAACUGCGAUGAAUUUGGAAUGGGGCAACUUUCCACUAACGCUCGUCUACGCAGGUCCCUGAAUGUGAACAGUAUCCAUGGCCCCGUGGUAAAUCCGUAUUAUUCUCCAAAUGAAAAAUCCGUACCUUGGGCCGAGCGCGAACGUAGAUCGGCAGGCGGAAGCUCAGGUGGAAGUGCUGCAGCUGUUGCAGCUGGUAUGUGUGACGCUGCACUAGGUACAGAUACAGGUGGCUCUGUUCGUCUUCCCGCGUCAUACUGUGGUAUUACGGGCUUGAAACCCUCAUAUGGCCUCAUUAGCAGCAGAUGGGGUGUAGUUUCUUUUGCUGAUAGCCUUGAUUGCGUCGGUGUGCUCGGAAAGUCCGUUGAUACAGUGAAGACCGUAUUCGACUCGAUUUCGUCAUAUGAUCCAAAGGAUCCUACCGCAGCGGCACCUCGUACAAGAGAGAGGGCAAAAGCUUCAGCAGAAUCACUGCUAUCGACUCUGGAUGUGAACUCGUCUAGCCCUGACCUCUCGUCGCUUCGGAUUGGGAUACCACAAGAAUAUUUCCCUUCUGAACUCAACACUACUAUCGUAACCGCGGUUCGCAAGGUUUUAGAGCGACUAUCGUCCCUUGGCGCUCAAUUGAUUCCAGUCUCCCUUCCAUCGACACCGUAUGCAUUGAGUGCAUACUACGUUAUAGCAACCGCAGAAGCGUCCAGCAAUUUAGCGCGAUAUGACGGGGUUCAAUAUGGUUGGUACUCGUUCCCAUCUGCUCCAGGUGCAGACAAAUCCAAACCAGGCAAUGUGUACGCACAUACGCGCUCGGCAGGUUUUGGCGCGGAGGUGCGAAAACGCAUCCUCCUUGGCACUUAUGCACUCACAGCUGACGCAUUUGAUAAUUACUUUCUUCAAGCUCAGCGCGUCCGGCAGCGAAUCAAGACUGACUUCGACUCUAAUUUUCGCAUCCCAAAUGCUCAACUAUCCGAUCCCUCGCCAAAUCCCGAUGGUGUGGAUAUUCUCUUGCAUCCUUCUGCGAUUCGUACCGCACCUCGACUAGACUCAGAUGCAAUCUCUGGUCUGGGUCCAUAUCUGCAGGAUGUUAUGACUGUUCCCGCUUCUCUGGCCGGCUUACCAGCAGUGAGUGUCCCUGCCGGGUUAGCCGCCGACGGUUGGCCUGUUGGUGUCAGCAUCGUUGGACAGUGGGGUUCUGACGAACUAGUAUUAUGCAUUGGCAACGUGAUCGAACGGACAUCGGACAAAGAUAAUAGUAAUUUAAGCUAA